UGAGCGGGGGGCGCAGGGCGCAGGGCGCCGAGCGGCGGAGCCAUGGACUGCAGCCGGCUGCGGACGCUCGUGCACAGAUACUGUGCAGGGGAAGAGAACUGGGUGGAUAGCCGGACCAUCUACGUGGGACACAGAGAGCCCCCUCCCGGUGCUGAGGCCUACAUCCCACAGAGAUACCCGGACAACAGGAUCGUGUCCUCCAAGUAUACGUUUUGGAACUUCAUACCCAAGAACCUGUUUGAGCAAUUCAGAAGAAUCGCCAACUUCUAUUUUCUUAUCAUAUUUCUGGUGCAGCUGAUCAUCGACACGCCCACCAGCCCCGUGACCAGCGGGCUGCCCCUCUUCUUUGUCAUCACCGUCACAGCCAUCAAGCAGGGUUAUGAAGAUUGGCUUCGCCAUAAAGCGGACAAUGCCAUGAACCAGUGUCCCGUCCACUUCAUCCAGCACAGCAAGCUCGUUCGGAAGCAGAGUCGGAAGCUGCGGGUGGGGGACAUCGUCAUGGUCAAGGAGGACGAGACGUUUCCCUGUGACCUGAUCUUCCUGUCCAGCAACCGGGCCGACGGAACCUGCCACGUCACCACGGCCAGCUUGGACGGCGAGUCCAGCCACAAGACUCACUAUGCCGUCCAGGAUACGAAGGGGUUCCGCACGGAGGAGGAAAUCGGGGGACUGCAGGCUACCAUCGAGUGUGAGCAGCCCCAGCCCGACCUCUACAAGUUUGUCGGCCGCAUCAACAUCUACAGUGACCUGAGUGACCCUGUGGUGAGGCCGCUUGGCUCCGAAAACCUGCUUCUGAGAGGAGCCACACUGAAGAACACCGAGAGAGUCUUCGGAGUUGCUAUUUACACCGGCAUGGAGACCAAGAUGGCUUUGAACUACCAGUCCAAGUCCCAGAAGAGAUCUGCAGUAGAGAAAUCCAUGAAUGUGUUCCUCAUCGUGUACCUGUGCAUCCUCGUCAGCAAAGCGCUCGUCAACACUGUGCUGAAGUACGUGUGGCAGAGCGAGCCCUUCCGGGACGAGCCGUGGUACAAUCAGAAAACCCAGUCGGAGCGGCAGAGGAACCUGUUCCUCAGGGCCUUCACUGACUUCCUGGCCUUCAUGGUCCUCUUCAACUACAUCAUCCCGGUGUCCAUGUACGUCACGGUGGAGAUGCAGAAGUUCCUCGGCUCCUACUUCAUCACCUGGGACGAGGACAUGUUCGACGAGGAGACGGGGGAGGGGCCCCUGGUGAACACGUCUGAUCUCAACGAAGAGCUGGGGCAGGUGGAGUAUGUCUUCACAGACAAGACCGGCACGCUCACGGAGAACAACAUGGAGUUCAAGGAGUGCUGCAUUGAGGGCCACGUCUAUGUGCCCCAUGUCAUCUGCAACGGGCAGGUGCUUCCUGACUCCUCAGGCAUCGACAUGAUCGACUCUUCCCCCAGUGUCAGUGGCCGGGAGCGGGAGGAGCUGUUCUUCCGGGCUCUCUGCCUGUGCCACACCGUGCAGGUGAAGGACGACGAUGACGUGGAUGGCCCCAGGAAGUCACCGGACUCGGGGAAGUCCUGUGUCUACAUCUCCUCCUCGCCCGACGAGGUGGCGCUGGUGGAAGGCGUCCAGAGGCUUGGCUUCACGUUCCUGAGGCUGAAGGACAACUACAUGGAGCUGCUCAACAGGGAGAGCGACGUUGAGAGGUUCGAAUUGCUGGAAAUUCUGAGUUUCGACUCAGUGAGGAGGAGAAUGAGUGUGAUUGUGAAGUCUGCUACAGGAGACAUUUAUCUGUUCUGCAAAGGAGCAGACUCUUCCAUAUUUCCCAGAGUCGUAGAAGGCAAAGUGGAGCAGAUCCGGGCCAGAGUCGAGCGCAACGCAGUGGAGGGGCUCCGGACCUUGUGUGUUGCCUAUAAAAAGCUCAACCCGGAGGAGUAUGAAGGCGUUGGCAAGCUGCUGCAGGCCGCCAAGGUGGCGCUUCAGGACCGGGAGAAGAAGUUAGCAGAAGCCUACGAGCAGAUCGAGAGGGACCUGAUUCUGCUCGGCGCCACGGCUGUGGAGGACAGGCUCCAGGAGAAAGCGGCCGACACCAUCGAGGCCCUGCAGAAGGCAGGGAUCAAAGUGUGGGUGCUCACGGGAGACAAGAUGGAGACGGCCGCCGCCACGUGCUACGCCUGCAAGCUGUUCCGCAGGAGCACGCAGCUGCUGGAGCUGACCACCAAGAAGCUGGAGGAGCAGAGCCUGCACGACGUGCUGUUCGAGCUGAGCAAGACCGUCCUGCGCCACAGCGGCAGCCUCACCAGGGACCACUUCUCCGGCCUUUCCACGGACGGGCAGGACUACGGGCUGAUCAUCGACGGCGCGGCGCUGUCCCUGGUGCUGAAGCCUCGGGAGGAGGGCAGCUCCGGCAACUACCGAGAGCUCUUCCUGGAGAUCUGCCGCAACUGCAGCGCCGUGCUGUGCUGCCGCAUGGCGCCCCUGCAGAAGGCGCAGAUUGUUAAAUUAAUCAAAUUUUCAAAAGAACACCCCAUCACCUUAGCCAUUGGCGAUGGCGCAAAUGAUGUCAGCAUGAUCCUGGAGGCCCAUGUGGGCAUAGGUGUCAUCGGGAAGGAGGGCCGCCAGGCGGCGAGGAACAGCGACUAUGCAAUCCCCAAGUUCAAGCACCUGAAGAAGAUGCUGCUGGUGCACGGGCACUUCUACUACAUCCGGAUAGCCGAGCUCGUGCAGUACUUCUUCUACAAGAACGUCUGCUUCAUCUUCCCGCAGUUUCUGUACCAGUUCUUCUGUGGCUUUUCACAGCAGACCCUGUAUGACACUGCGUAUCUGACCCUGUAUAACAUCACCUUCACCUCGCUUCCCAUCCUCCUGUACAGCCUGAUGGAGCAGCACGUCAGUGCCGACGCCCUCAAGAGGGACCCAGUGCUGUACAGAGACAUCGCCAAGAACGCGCUGCUCCGCUGGCGGGUGUUCAUUUACUGGACGUUCUUGGGAGUCUUUGACGCCCUGGUAUUUUUCUUUGGUGCUUAUUUCAUGUUUGAAAAUACAACGGUGACCAGCAACGGCCAGAUAUUUGGAAACUGGACCUUCGGGACGCUGGUGUUCACCGUGAUGGUGUUUACAGUCACGCUCAAGCUGGCGUUGGACACACACUACUGGACCUGGGUCAACCACUUCGUCAUCUGGGGCUCGCUGCUCUUCUACGUCGUCUUCUCCCUGCUCUGGGGAGGGAUCAUCUGGCCGUUCCUCAGCUACCAGCGGAUGUACUACGUGUUCCUGCACAUGCUGUGCAGCGGGCCCGCCUGGCUGGCCGUGGUGCUGCUCGUCACCGUCGGCCUGCUCCCCGACGUCCUGAAGAAGGUCCUGUGCCGGCAGCUGUGGCCCACGGCCACAGAGAGGAUCCAGAACGCGAGCGUGUGGUGUUGGGACGGCAUUCCCGGAUUCACCCCUCUCGAGCCUCUGCAGAGCCCAGGCCGCCGGAGCCCCGGUGCCCUGGCCGUGAGGACGACACGUGCUGUCUACAGGAGCCAGGAGUACUGCGUGCUCGCACCUGGCCUCGCUCUUCCCCGCGGCUGCUGCUACUCCAGCUGGAGACACGGCCGCCGCACAUCCAGGCCGGGGACACCGGUGUGAUGGCCGUCCCCACCCCGCCCCUGAGAGCUGUGCUCCCAGGGCCCAGGGAGGCGAGCAGGGGCUCCCAGCACGCCAUGGACUGGGCCAGCACUGCCGUCGUCACCCGUGGGGCCUGGUGGCCCCGAGCGUCCAGCUGGACUGGGAGGAAGGACAUUCUGUGUGCACCGCAGGCGCGAGGCGGGUGCCCGUGCCCAUGCCCCGCGUCGUCAGCCUCCUGUUAUCCCGUGUGUCACUCGAAGAGCAGAGCUGUCCAGGGACUGUGCCCUGCAGUGGGCACCUGGGGGGCACAGUGGCAUGAAGAAGUCCCCUGACGCCCGGUCUGGGAACGGCCACGUCAGGCCCUGAGUGGCCUGGUCCACUUCCCCGGCCCACGCCCGGCCUUGCCGCCUCCACCCCCCAGUGCUGAGCGGGUUCCUCACAGGCCAGGCCCCGGCUGCUCGUGCGGAGAUACUGUGAGGGGCGGCCCCCGUUUCCUGAGAGCUCCCCUUCCUGUCUGGACGAGAGGGUGCUGGGGCCCUCCUCUGCCAGGCCCAGCCACUGUUAGAGGAAGAGGUUUCACGGGUGUGGGGGCAGUCUGGGUGUGGGUGCGUGGCCAGAGACAUGGCCCCUGGGGCAGAGGUGGUCUCUGGCUGUGUCCAGCAGGCUGUGGCGGCCAGAGCGUCCCAAGGUCUCGCCCUGGUGGUCUUGGGGUGUUGUCUGGGCUUCCUUCAUGGGGCUUCUGUGCUUGGAACCAUUGCUCCUGCUGGGUGACCGGAGGCAGCCCGAGUGUUCCUAGCGAUGGUGUGCCACGAUGCCUCGGGGGUGCAGCGCGCCGGGGGUCCCAGGUGCUUCCUGGGGUGUUCUUGAAGUGCAGGUCUCACAGUCGAUCGUGUGGCAGCCGGGAGUUGGGCAUAGUGGCCCCUGUCAAGUGUGUGCGUGGGGCAGGGGCGAGGAGGUCCGCGUGGGAUGGGGGUGAGCACCAAACCAAAGACGGGGGGCGCCCGCCCUGCCCGCAGUGCCCUCCCCGCGUGCAGCCCCCCGCUCCAUGGCCCAGUGCGUGCCAGCCGCACAGUGGCCUGUGCAUUUUUACCGCCCCUUUUUCAACACCCAACACAGACACAAGUGUGACGCCCGUGGGGAGAGAUUCCUGUUUAGUUAACAAAUUAUUUGUAAUGUAUUUUUUUAGAACUUCUGAAAUUGCCUUUGCACUGAAGUAUUUUCCUAGCUAUUUAUAUCUUUUCCUCCUUUGUUGGUCGGGGUCUGUGGUUUCUGAAGUAUCUUUUAAAGCUUCCGCCUGUUAAGUUGGUGACGUUCUGGCCUCUCUGCACUGCGUUCCGGCCCAGGCUCCAGAGUGGCUUUGCACUUGGACUGCCCCACGCCACCUCCGUGCUGGCAGCCAGGAUUCACCGCAUGUCCCGAUCUCGUCUGCUUUUCUGUUGUUUUGGUUUCCGUCCUUGAGCCUUAAAGCCACGCGGCCCCUGCCUGCCGGCCCCGGCCCCGGCUGGCCGGCUCCGGACGUGUGCGUGUCGGUGUGAGAGCCACUCCAGCUCCGCGCCCUGCAGUGGAACAAGCCGACAGCUGUGCCUGACAACCCGGGACGCACGGGGCAACCUUUCCCACGGGACUGGCAGCGACGCGCCCUCCCCUGCUGCUGCACGGUGACCAUGGGAACCUGUGCUCCGCACAGCCAUGUGCGUGUGCAAGCGCUCACGUGUGUGCACACGCCAGACAUGCCUCCACUCCCUCCUGGUGCGCCACACGCUCUGCCCCGUUCCAGGCCGGGCCUGGGCAGGGACAGCUCCGUGGCCGUGCACGGGCGUACGUCGCACACACACCUCCGUGGGGCGAAGAGGCUCCUCCUGGCACAGACGGCAGGGCUUUGCCAAGCAGGCCCUGGGCCCUGUCCUGGACUGUGCGGCCCCUUCAGGGCCACCCCUGCGCGAGCCCAGGUGGCCGCAAGGAGGUCCUGCACCCAGGGACUCCCGGGCAGCCUGGGCAGAGGCUUGCUCCCCUUCCUGGUCCACAGGUGUGUCUGACUGUGCCGGGCUUGUGGGGGAACCACAGCACCACAGCCUCCGCCCACAGGGCACCCCCGGCUGCGUCGGUCCAGGGAGCGCCCAGCCUCCUCUUCAGCCCAAGGCCAAGUCCAGUGUUGAACGAGCGCCACUGCUUUGUCUCAAAGUCCUUGGUCUGACGGCCGUGUUCCUUCUGGAAGUCCCCAUUGGCCCCGGCAGGCGCGGUCUCGGUUUUGAGCCAGCGGCGGGGUGAGAGCCAGUCCUGGUUGUGUCUGGGCAAAGCUUUAAGAGAACGGGUCGCAAGCACUAGACGGCGUGAGUCUACUUUUGCAGAGAAAAAUCUAAAGAUCAGUUUCUAUAGCUUUAUUUUUUACCUUAUAAAUAAGAAUUUUAAUAUGCAUAUGUUGUGUCUGAACGCCCUAAGGUGUGUCUGCUUUGCCAUCUGUCACUCGUCACGUCAUGGGACACGAGAAUCCUCACGUGCACUUAACACGUGUGACUGUCGCUGACGGCGUCAAUGCUGGAGUUUAUUUUUAAAUUACUAAGCGUAGUAGCUGUGUUCAACACGAAUCACCCAACGGCAGUGUUUCACUGAUCAUUCAUUAACCUGCUCGGAAGAAUUAAAUUGUGACUCAC